AUGCCAUUGAGAACCCUCCUCUCCAAGGCUGGUCCUCGUGCUGCUCAUCGUCGACACAGUAGCAUUAUCGAGGAUGCUACCGAGGAUUCUGAGAGCAGCACACCCCCAGGCCGUAGCCGUGGGGAUUCGAUGAAGAGACUGAGCUUGGGUUUGUCUCGCACCAAUGAAGAAGAUACCUUUCACGCAUUCUUCACCCAUGAACCGGCAGAGAUACAGCCACGACUCAAUUCCCUUCAAGCUGACGAGGCCUCCCAACCUUCAGAACCUCCCAGCACUGCAAAUCCCGCAAUUGCGGUCUCCAGGGUACAAAGUGAAUAUUCACAACCGCCCGGAUUGAGUAGCGGUCUUGAUGGUGAUGGCACUCUACUCAAACCACAACGAUUCUCGUUGUUGGGUAUGAGACAUGCCUCAGAUUCGCAGUUGUCGACAAGGUUCAGGAAACAAGAACCCGUACCGCCGCAAGAUGCUGCUCCUCCCAGAAUCAUCACAACGGCACCUACCCACGACUUCGAAGACACGACUCAGAGGAAAUCGAAACGCAAGUUGUUUGGUCGGUCACCCAGUCCUUUCCGUAAGAGCCAUAUUCCAAAAUGUCCAGAGGAAGCCAUGGUUAUUGCAAGACCUUCUGAAGAACAUAGCACCUCCUCAAAUCUUGGUCUGGCCCAGGAAAAGAGCUCUUUUGAACGUUUACCUCGACCGGCGGGACUCAAUGGAUCGAUGGCGCCGCCUGCAUAUGGUGACGAAUCCUCCUCCUCGCUGGCGAUUCCAGUGACGCGACUUUCCGAUUCCUCUCGUUCCGAUGACAGCUCUGGAGACCACCAUCUCUACGCCAAAACUACAACGACUCACACUAUUUCAACCACCACCACCUUUUUCAGACUCAAAAGGCGGAACAAAACAAAAAGACCACUGUUUCCGUUACCCGAGAAAUUUGCAACCUCUGCGUUGGGCCGGACAAGCACCUCUGGUACACCCCCAGAAUCUGGAGACGGACGGAAAUCCAUGUCGCCUAGCAGGAAAUCUACUACUGCGGUCAGGUUCGAUGCUGCUCCGAGCCGACAAGACUCCGCGGAGCCUUCGCCCACUCACUCGAUGAUUGCUCUUACAAACGCGCCUUUUGGCUCGCCUGGUCCAACAAUCAUGCGUCAAGAUUCCACAUGGUCUACCCACUCUGGCCACUCGACACCAUCCGUAACGUUAGUGCCUCCGCAGACGAGUGGAAGAGGGCGCUCUUCGACCAUGAGCUCGCUCCGAAAGUCAGCGGAGAAGUUACCCGAUGCUGUGCCUCAGACAGGAUCCGCCAGGACUUCAACAUCCACCAGUGGAAGGCGAAGUUUUGGUGACCUUCUAUCGCUACCUCAUCGACUCCGGCAAAAUUCCGCCCCGCCUCCCCGGCACGGGGCAGGCUUAAACCCUGGCACGCCCGGUUCCAAGUCCAACUCUCUACACAUCCCCCGGGAGCCGGAACCAGAACGGGUCUAUCCGCGACGGGAAGACGGUGAUACCCCAGCGAGCUAUGUGGAAAAGCUUGAGGCCGCCGUUCCGAGAGGUGCAAUGGCAACGAUACUUUGCAAAAGCGCCGAUGACUUCUCCAAGACAUGCUUGCGCAAAUACAUGCGGGGAUUUUCUUAUUUCGGAGAUUCUAUUGAUAUGGCAAUUCGAAAAAUGUUGACAGAGGUCGAACUACCUAAAGAAACCCAACAGAUCGACCGACUACUUGCUGGCUUCGCAGAUCGCUACCACGAAUGUAACCCUGGAAUCUUUGCUUCGACGGAUGAAACAGCCUUUGUCGCAUUCUCAAUCCUCCUGCUACACUCGGAUACUCACAACAAGAACAAUAAGAGGAAGAUGCAAAAGCAAGACUAUGUUAAGAACACUCAACAGGGACCGGUUCAUAUAUCGAGCGAUAUCCUCGAGUGCUUCUAUGACAAUGUGUGUUAUACUCCAUUCAUUCAUUUUGAGGACGAAAUUGCCAUCAACAGUCACCGCCUGGCUGCUCCCAGACCCAAGAAGAGCUUAAUCCGACCCAGGAGUCUAGAAAGCCUGCGUGGGCCUGUUGACCCGUACAUUUUGAUCCUAGACAACAAGCUGGACGUGUUGCGACCCUCCCUCAAAGACGUGAUGGAUACCGAGGACUGCUACAGCUCGACGGGAACCAUUGGCACCCUGGAGACAAAUGAGAUCCAAAAGGCCUUUCUCAACUCCGCAGUGUUGCAGAUUGUAUCUGCGCGGUCCAGGCCAGAUGCCUUCUCCACCCAGGCUACGAUCAGCAAUCCUGGGGAAGCACAAGCUGGAUUGGUGAGUAUAAAGGUCGCCAAAGUUGGGUUGCUGUGGCGCAAAGACCCCAAGAAGAAGAAGGCGAAGCGCCCUUGGCAAGAAUGGGGCGCCAUUCUGACAGACUCCAAGUUGUACUUCUUCAAGGACGUGGGCUGGGUCAAGAAGCUGAUCAGUCAAUAUGAAGCGUCUUCCAAGUCUACCAACAAAGCCAGCCCUUUGAUCUUCAAGCCACCGUUGUCAUCCUUCGACCCAGACGCGCUCAUGUCGAUGGAUGACACUGUGGCUCUGCUUGACACAAGCUACAAGAAACACAAAAACGCAUUUGUAUUCAUCAAGCACGGAGGCUUUGAGGAAGUUUUCCUGGCCAACAACGAGUCUGAAAUGAACGACUGGAUUGGCAAGCUGAACUAUGCUGCCGCAUUUCGGACCGCAGGCGUCAGAAUGCGCGGGCUUCUCAGUUCUAGCUAUGAAGCACGACAUGUGCUUCGCAAGGAUUCAGACUUUUCAACCAAAAGCGAACAGUCGUCUCAGAAAGACCGCAAGGUAGAUCCUCAGGUGGCAUGGGAAAUCAUGUUCUAUCGCCAGCAACUCAUUAACGAGAGAAUCAGCGAUUUCGAUGACAAGAUGGCAGCCGCUCAAAAGGAACUAGACAACCUUCUUCGCAAUGCCCGGCAUCUACUUAUUCUGUUGCCGAUUCAGCAGAAAACUCGAGAGGCUCUCGUUCUAGCUGCCGGCCGCAUGUCAGCCAAGCUGAAGUGGACAAGAGUCGAAUUUUGGAGAGCCAAAACCCAUCGAGACAUUCUAGCCAAAGAUUUGGAGCAGGAAGGGGUUACGGCUUUCCCAGUUCCUCGCACGCCGUCAACCUCUACUCCUCAAAAGAUCACUCCUCUAAAGACUAGUCCGGCAAAUCUAGCACGACACAUGACUGACACGAGCCAUACGACAUUAUCGCCGAUCAGUGCGAUCUCGUCCAAGCCUUCCAAUGUCACUGAACGACAUAAGAUCUCGGAGAGUGAGAGCAACCGACCAGAGCAGAGCCCAUCUGACAUUCCAUCUACCACAAGCCCUUCCAUAUCUGAGCAUGUCUUGUCGAAACAGGAGAGCAACCCGGACUCUCACUCCCUCAUUCAUCAGGCCUCCGUUACAAGUUCUCAUCUUAGCCGAGACCGAGAACGACUGGCAACAACCACUGCGGUUGGUGAGGAACAGAUCCCGCCUGAAGCAGGCUUGAUUGGCAGCGAUGGCUAUGUUUCGAUGGAGAAACGGCCGGACACAAGCGAAUCAGACCGAGAUCGAGUAGCAGCUAUUACGACUCCGAUCGAUAAUUCCAAGGUUGGAAGCGUUCGACGAAGUCUUCAUAGGAGUUUGCGUGAAGGGCAUUUACGAGACGGACACCACCAUUCCCCCAGUAUCCAUCGACACAGAAAGGGGAGAGAGUCGGGAUCUAGUUUCACAGGAACCGAUGAUGGGGGAAAGUCAAUACAGAGUGAAGUGGAGGAACUAAGAAGAGGUACUGGAAGCUUCAUCUUGCACGGGAAAAAGGCUAGUGUCAUCACCAUGUCUUCAGAAUGGCAGAACAUAUCCAACGAGGAUCGGUUGAGACUGAGGAACACCAAGACUGACGGAGAUGAGAAAGAGGAGCAUCUCGAGCUUCAAGACGAUGACGAAGACGCUGUUGAAACAGUCAGCAACUUUUCGAAGCAGACUGAAGACCAUCAUUACGCGUCAUUGAAUUCGAGUCGCAAGCCGAGCCUGGCGACCACUGCGGGAGAACAAUUCGUCGAUGCCGAGACAGGGGAGGGGUGA